ACUACCAUACUACAUACAUGUACUUGCUUCUUUGGCCUAUUUCUUGACUUUUCACUCUCCAUUUUCCCCAUUCUCUCUCUCAAUGGCUUUUCCUUCCUCAUUUCUCUUCUUUUUCACCAUUAUUCUCUCUAUCUCUCCUUCCUUCUCCACAAAUUCUGAAGGGAAUGCUUUGCAUGCUUUGAGAAGCAGAUUGUCAGACCCAAAAAAUGUUCUACAGAGCUGGGAUCCUACACUUGUGAAUCCUUGUACCUGGUUCCAUGUUACCUGUGACUCUGAUAAUAAUCAUGUUAUUCGCCUGGAUUUGGGCAAUACUAAUAUUUCUGGAACUUUAGGACCAGAGCUUGGUGAACUCAAGAAUCUACAAUACCUGGAACUUUAUAGUAAUAACAUAGAAGGGAAAAUCCCAAAGGAAUUGGGUAAUUUGGAAAACCUUAUUAGCAUGGACCUAUAUGGCAACAAAUUUGAAGGCAACAUUCCCAAGUCUUUUGCUAAAUUAAAGUCUCUUAGAUUUUUGCGGUUAAAUGACAAUAAACUAACUGGUUCCAUUCCAAGGGAACUCACGAAACUCCCCAACCUUAAAGUAUUUGAUGUUUCUAAUAAUGAUCUUUGUGGAACAAUCCCCGUUGAUGGCCCCUUUGGAAGCUUCCCUAUGGAAGGUUUUGCACACAACAGACUCAAUGGACCUGAGCUGAAAGGACUAGUGCCCUAUGACUUUGGAUGCAAAUAGGUCAAAAUACAGUUUCAUAGCAGGUUGCUUUGUGGUAUCAUAAGAUACCUGCUAGUAUAUUUUAUGUAUUGUAUAUGUAGUUUGACAGUGUUCAAGUCUAAUGCAGUUCAUGUUAGUACCAGCUGGCAUUUAUAAGGUUCUUUAAACCUAUCAGUAAAGCUCACCUUCACCAAUAACUUGGCAGCAGAAAACCCCUGCAUAGCUGAGUGUUGAACUUUUUAAAUUAGAAGUAUUUGAUGGUUUUUGAAUUGAAA